AUGGCCACCCCUGUAGUCACCAAGACCGCCUGGAAAUUGCAGGAGAUCGUCGCCCAUGCCAGCAAUGUGUCCUCGCUGGUGCUGGGCAAAGGUUCCGGGCGACUGCUGGCUACAGGCGGAGAUGACUGCCGUGUCAACCUGUGGUCCAUCAACAAGCCCAACUGCAUCAUGAGCCUGACGGGUCACACGUCCCCGGUGGAGAGUGUCCGCCUCAACACCCCUGAGGAGCUCAUUGUGGCUGGUUCCCAGUCAGGCUCCAUCCGCGUCUGGGACCUGGAAGCUGCCAAAAUUCUUCGCACACUCAUGGGACACAAAGCCAACAUCUGCAGCCUGGAUUUCCACCCGUAUGGCGAGUUUGUUGCCUCUGGUUCUCAGGACACGAACAUCAAGCUCUGGGACAUCAGGAGGAAGGGCUGUGUCUUCCGGUACAGGGGACACAGCCAAGCCGUGCGGUGUCUCCGGUUCAGUCCUGACGGGAAGUGGUUGGCAUCAGCCGCAGACGACCACAUAGUGAAGCUCUGGGAUCUGACUGCCGGCAAGAUGAUGUCUGAGUUCCCUGGCCACACAGGGCCUGUCAACGUGGUAGAGUUUCAUCCGAAUGAGUACCUGCUGGCAUCUGGCAGCUCGGACAGGACAAUCCGCUUCUGGGAUCUGGAGAAAUUCCAGGUGGUGAGCUGCAUUGAAGGGGAGCCAGGGCCUGUCAGGAGCAUCCUCUUCAACCCUGAUGGCUGCUGCCUGUACAGCGGCUGCCAGGACUCGCUGCGCGUCUACGGCUGGGAGCCCGAGCGCUGCUUUGACGUGGUCCUUGUCAACUGGGGCAAGGUGGCUGACUUGGCCAUCUGCAACGACCAGCUGAUAGGCGUGGCCUUCUCCCAGAGCAACAUCUCCUCCUAUGUGGUGGACCUGACACGGGUCACCAGGACAGGCACGGUUGCCCAGGAUCCUGUGCAGGAUAGCCGACCCCUGACGCAGCAGCUGCCCAACCCCAGUGCCCCCCUUCGGCGCAUCUAUGAGCGGCCAAGCACCACGUGCAGCAAGCCACAGAGGGUGAAGCAGAACUCGGAGAGCGAGCGGCGCAGCCCCAGCAGUGAGGAUGACCGGGACGAGCGGGAGUCGAGGGCCGAGAUCCAGAACGCCGAGGACUACAACGAGAUCUUCCAGCCCAAGAACAGCAUCAGUCGGACGCCACCCCGUAGAAGUGAGCCUUUCCCUGCACCCCCCGAGGAUGACGUGACCACAGAGGCAGCAAAGCCCAGCCCGGCCAUGGAUAUCCAGUACCCAGCAGCAAACCUCGAGCUCCCACCCCGGCCGCCAGUCGUCUCCUCCCCACCUGCACCCAGGACCGAGCCCGCCAUCAUCCCUGCCACCCGGAACGAGCCCAUUGGGCUCAAGGCCUCCGACUUCCUGCCUGCUGUGAAGAUCCCCCAGCAGACAGAGCUGGUGGACGAAGAUGCCAUGUCCCAGAUCCGCAAAGGUCACGACACCAUGUGUGUGGUGCUCACCAGCCGCCACAAGAACCUGGACACGGUGCGAGCUGUGUGGACCACGAGCGACAUCAAGACGUCAGUGGACUCCGCAGUGGCCAUCAAUGACCUGUCCGUGGUGGUAGACCUCCUCAACAUUGUCAACCAGAAAGCCUCGUUGUGGAAGCUGGACCUGUGCACCACGGUCCUGCCACAGAUCGAGAAGCUUCUGCAGAGCAAGUAUGAGAGCUACGUCCAGACGGGCUGCACCUCCCUGAAGCUGAUCUUGCAGCGGUUUCUGCCCCUGAUCACUGACAUCCUGGCAGCUCCACCCUCUGUGGGUGUGGACAUCAGCCGUGAGGAGAGGCUACACAAGUGUCGACUCUGCUACAAGCAGCUCAAGAGCAUCAGCGGCUUUGUCAAGAGCAAGUCUGGUCUGAGCGGCCGCCACGGCAGUACGUUCCGUGAACUGCACCUUCUCAUGGCCAGUCUGGACUGA